GACCGACGCGGCGGGCCAUUUGUUGUUGAGACCCGGCGCCGCGGACACGUCUACGAGACAGUCAUGGCCCAGCGGACGGUGCACGAGUUUUUGGCGGCGUACUCUAGUUGUUGCGCGAUGGCCGCAUUGCUGCUGCUGCAGCCGGCAUCCGGCAUGGCCGUCGUCGGAGUGGCCGGCGGUGGCCCGCUCGGUACCACCGCGGCGGACACCGUCGCCGGCGUAGUCGUUCCGGUACCGUCGUCCGCCGCCCGGAACAAGCGAUGGUCCACGACGUUCGGAGGAAACUCGGGCAAUAAGAACGUGACAGCGAAUAAUGCAGUUCAGGAUUGUACUACGGACUCUGAUUGUUUUGAUACGCCAUUUACAUCUUGUGCGCUAGAUCCGAGUGACAAGAAAAGAAAAUGCCUGUGUGCAGAUGGAAAACAGCCAUUGAAUGGCGACUGCUUAAAAAAGCCAAGAGGACCGCUUUUUGUUCCAGCAUUAAAAACAUCAUGUGAAACGGACGUGGAAUGUUUGCCGAAUGCUAUAUGCAAAAAUAACGCUACAUCAACGAAUCCAAGAUUGAAGAUUUGUGCGUGUAAAGAUGGAUUUACCGAGGAAAAAGAGUCUUGCAACAAUGCUGAUUUAUUAACUUUCAAUUACAUGACCUUGUUGGUCGCAGUUUUCACUUCAUGGGUUUGGAAUGAUCAUCGUGCAUAAUCAUAGUAGACUUUUU